AUGGCGACGAGCGGGCGCGGCGGGGCUGUCAGCGAGCGCGGCGGCGGCGGCGGCGGCGCGCCCGCGGGGGAGGAGGAGGAGGAGGAGGCCCGGGCCCCGGCCCUCGCCGCAGACAUGGACUCACAUUGUGACUGCGCCGCCGAACCUCCGGCCGCAGAGCCUCCGGCGGGGAGGAUUAAUAAAGCGGCUUUCAAGUUAUUCAAGAAGAGGAAAUCGGGGGCCGCGAUGCCCAGCAUUUUCGGGGUCAAAAACAAAGGGGAUGGGAAGAGCUCGGCUCCUCCGGUGGGCAUGGUGAGGAGCCGGACCCACGAUGGCUUAGCCGAGGUGGUGGUGCUGGAGGGAGGCAGGAAGGAAGAGCAGCAGCAGCCGCCGCCGCCGCCGCCGCCGCCGCGUGGGGAUGGCGACCAGGGCGGGGGACCGCCGAACCCCGCCGCGCCCCUUAAAACCACCGGGCCCGGCGCGGGUCCCCUGGCCAACAGCUCGGUGUCCAAGUCCCACAGUUUCUUCUCGCUGCUGAAGAAGAACGGGCGGUCGGAGGCCGGCGAGGCGGGCAAGGCUGGCGGCAAACAAAAGAGGGGGCUGCGAGGCAUCUUCAGCAGCAUGCGCUGGCACAAGAGGGACAAGCGCGGCGCCAAGGACGGGGACAAGGCGCGCGCCGCGGGCCCCGGCAGCCUCAUCCUGCCCGGCUCGCUCACCGCCAGCCUGGAGUGCGUCAAGGAGGAACCGCCCCGGCGAGAGCUCGGCUCCCGCAGCCCCGGCCAGGAGGCCCAGCGACACGCAGCAGGUGAGCCCGCAGGGGGAGAGCAGGUGCCCGGGUCCACCGCCGAGCGCGCCCCGGCGCGCACCUGCCGCCGCGAGGCCGCGAGCCCGGCCGGCCCCGGCGACCCAAGCGCACGGGGAGAGGACGAGGAGGGGCAUCGGAGAGCCGAGAAGCCCGGGGCAACCCUCGAGUCGGCAGUUGGCGAGGUCCACACGGCCGGGGAUGCGUCCAGGACAGGUGACGUGCCGAUAAACACCGCCGUCGUCCCCCUGGUCGACUGCGGAGGUGGCAGCGGCCGGGCGUCUGCCAUCCCUGACCCUUCCUCUGUUGAUCCACCCUCAGACCCGUCGGCAGAUCGUAUUUGUUUGAUGUUUUCUGACGUGACUUCACUGAAAAGCUUUGACUCUCUUACAGGCUGUGGAGAUAUUAUUGCAGACCAAGAAGAAGAGGCAGGUCCCAGCUGUGACAAGCAUGCCCCCGGGCCUGGCAAGCCAGUUCUCUCUAAAAAGAACACCAGCGUGGUGGCCUACCAAGGAGGAGGGGAGGAGAUGGCCACCCCGGAUGAGGUGGACGACACCUAUCUCCAGGAAUUCUGGGACAUGCUCUCCCAGACUGAGGAUCAAGGACCAGGGCCCGAGGAGGGGGCGGAAAAGGCGGCCACUGCCCUGGACACCAAGGGGGUGCCCGAGACCUCCAAAGAUGUCAGGUGCGGUGGGGAAGCGGCCAAGGACGUGUCCUCGGUCAAGCGCAGGAGACUCCACAGGAUCCCCAUGGAGAAGGAGGAGCCCAAGCACCCGGAGAAAGAGCAGCAAGAAGGUGUCCCCAGCAGCGAGGAGGGCUACUGGGACUCCACCACGCCUGGCCCAGAGGAAGACGCUACGAGCUGCAGCAAGAAGGCGGGCAUCCCCAGGGACAGCCACAGUGGCGAUGCGCUCUACGAUCUCUACACAGAGCAGGAUUCGAGCCCAGCAGCCCUUCCCGCCAGCGAGGACACGCCCUGCUUGUCCCGGCUAAAGCCAGUGUCUCCAGGUUCCAUCACCUGUCCACUGCGAACACCGGGGAGCCUGCUGAAGGACUCUAAAAUCCCCGUUAGCAUCAAGCAUCUCAGCAACCUUCCGUCCAGCCAUCCCGUCGUGCACCAGCAACCAGCCAGGAGUGAGAUGCCCAGAACCAAAAUCCCUGUCUCCAAAGUGCUGGUCCGCAGGGUCAGCAACCGAGGAUUGGCUGGGACCACCAUGAGGGCAGCGGCUUGCCAUGACAGUGCCAAAAAGUUGUGAGGUCUCCCAGGCCGAGGUGGAUGGGCCACAUGUUAAGGAAUACAACUGUUCCCUGGAAAUCACUAAAGGAAGUUUGUUUCUCAUAAAGCAAGUCAUUUAGAACAGGCCCCGCUCCCCGGCUGCCCUCGAGGUCUUUGCUGGGGUCAGGGGGGUAGAGACCCCCGAGGAGGGGAGGCCACAUAUCCAGGAGGUCUCCUCUUAAGUCCCUGAGAAUUAUUUUCAAGCACUUUUUUUCCUUCUUUUUCUUCCUCUUUUUCUUUUUUUUUUAACCUGGGUUCCUUCUCCCUUCUUUUCUCUUUUUUCUUCAAUGUACUAAACACUUCCAAGUCACCUUCCCUUACCUUUGCAGAAAAUAAGAUUUAACCAAACCUAAGUAAAAAUCAUGUCAGAAUGUUGGGCUGUUUUAGUAUAGAGGGCCUUGAGAACUCACUAUAGAACGAGGACUCUUGCCUCCCUUCCUUUCCAGAAAAACAAGAAAAGAAAAAAGACCCUUUGCUGUGUCGCUGUGUGGAGAACACCUGAAGGAAGCUGAAGGAGUCAGGGAGUUACCUGAUGAGGACAGAGGAUCUUUGAGUGGCAGAAAACUUCCUUUCAGUUGCCACACAUGCAAAUAGGUAAAGAUCUCCCUCUAGGAAAAUAAAGGAGAGUUUUGGUUUGGCUGGUUUAGGUCAUUUGGGAAGAAAUAAAAGGUUCACGGACUA